UCUACCUCUAUAAGUACCUCUACUUCACCUUCCUUCUUUUUCCGAAUUCUUCCCUUCACUUCUACACACCCUUCCUCAACACUUCCUUCUUUUUCUCCUUCUAUUUAUCACUGCUCUAUCCCUUUCCUUCUCGCCUCCAAUGGUGGACGUCGACCGCAGGAUGGCCGGUCUCAAUCCGGCCCACAUCGCUGGACUCCGCCGCCUCUCCGCUCGUGCCGCUGCUGUCACUCCUUCUCACCCCUCACGCGCCGGUCUUCUCUCCUUCUCUUCUCUCGCUGACAACGUCAUCACCCAUUUGCGCAACACCGGCGUAGAGGUUCAAACCGGUCUCUCCAUCGCCGACUUCGCCCGAGCUGAGGCCGAGUUUGGCUUCGUUUUCCCUCCGGAUCUCCGAGCCGUACUCUCUGCUGGUUUACCCAUCGGUCCUGGCUUCCCCGAUUGGCGUUCUUCCGGGGCCAGACAACAUCUUAGAGCCACGCUCGAUCUUCCAAUUGCGGCUAUUAGUUUUCAAAUCGCCAAGAAUACGUUCUGGUCAAAGUCUUGGGGUCCAAGGCCCUUAGACCCUGAAAAGGCCUUACGGGUCGCUAGAAACGCUCUGAAGAGAGCGCCUCUUUUGAUUCCCCUCUUCAAUCAUUGCUACAUUCCCUGCAACCCUUCUCUGGCGGGGAACCCAAUCUUCUCCGUUGAUGAGAAUCGGAUCUCCUUCUCUGGUUUGGAUCUAUCCGAUUUCUUCGAGCGGGAAUUCCUUUUUCGGAGCUCCCAAUCCGAUGCCCACCAUCUUAAAAAGCAAAGGUCCAUCAGUGAAAAAUCUGCUGGGUCUUCCUCUAACUUCUCUCGACGGAGCCUGGACACGGGAGCAAGAACGCCGAGGUGGGUGGAGUUUUGGAGCGACGCCGUGGUGGACCGGCGGCGCAGAAACUCGUCGUCGUCGUCGUCUUCAUCGCCGGACAGAGUAAUCGAGAUGCCGAGGUCGGGAAUACCGAAAUGGGUAAACGAAUACAUAGAAGAAAUAGGAUCGACUUUAAGAGAAGGAGGAUGGAGUGAAACGGACAUCACAGAGAUAGUACAGGUGUCAGCCUCGGGAUUCUUCGAAGGAGCGGCGAUGGUAUUAGUGGACAACCAAGCGGUUCUGGACGCGUUGCUUCUAAAAACAGAUCGGUUUUCGGACGUUCUCCGGAAAGCCGGAUGGAGCUCGGAAGAAGUGUCGUACGCACUGGGGUUUGAUCAUCGAGCCGAAAGGGAACGAAAACCGGCAAAGAAGCUAUCCCCAGAACUAGUGGAAAGAAUCGGGAAACUGGCGGAGUCGGUUACUCGGUCAUAGUACGGGCAUCACAUCUCCCCAGAUUCCUCAGUUUGCUUUCUUUUUUAAAAUUUCAAGGGUCUUGGGUAUGCCAUAUUUUUCUGCCCUCCAGUCAUUACUAUUUUUUUUUUUUUUUAUAUUAAACAUAUAUAUAUAUAUAUUAUAAAUAUAAAUGAUGGUAUUUGAGGAAAAAAGUGAAGAAGAAUCAAAGGGUCCAAUUUAUAGGAGAUCCCGUUUCAUGUAUGUAUUUACGAAUAAUGAUGAUGAUGAUAAAUAAGAAAAGUAGAAAUUUUGAAUUGUUUUGUGAA